AUGUCUUCAGACGCACCUAGACCCGAGAUCCUGUGCAUCGGCUUCGGCGCGUUGGGCACGAUCUACUCGUACCUCCUUGCCCAGGGUGGGGCCUCUAUCACUGCCGUCGCUCGAUCCAACUACACCACCCUCACCACAACAGGCAUCCACAUCGACUCGCUCAAAUACGGCUCCAUUCCCUCUUGGAAGCCCACUCGGUGUGUUCGCGAGUCCGACCCCGAAGCAGCGACCGAUCGGGUGUACGACUACGUCGUGUGCACCUUCAAAAACGUGCCGGAUCACAAGAGUGCUAGUUCGAUCAUCCGGCCUUUUCUCCGCAAAGACGGAAAGGGACCGACGAUUGUGCUGCUCCAAAACGGCGUGGGGAUUGAGGAGGAGGUGCAGCGCAGCUUGGUGGAGGAGGAGGGGUUGGCGAGGGGGGUGAUCAGUGCGGUUGCGUGGAUCGGGGCGAACCUUGUGGAUGGUGGAACGCGCGUUACGCAUGGUGCGCUGGAACGGCUCGAGUUCGGCUCCUACUCCCCGUCCGGUCAGACUGAGGAGGACAAGACCGCACUGGACCGGUUUGCUCAGAUUUACACCUCGGGUGGGGGAGGAGGUCGAGCAGUGGACGAUAUCGAAGCGAUUCGAUGGCAAAAGAUUCUCUGGAACGCCUCGUGGGGUGGACUCUCGACGCUAGCCCGUCAACCCGUCGCCGCACUCCUCACCCCGGACACGCUGCACUAUAGUGUAGGCGUGGUGAGACGGAUCAUGCUCGAGAUUCUUUAUGUCGCCCGUGCUUGCGGGAUCGGCGAGGAUCGCUUCCCCGCAAGCUCCGUGGAUCAGGCGGUGAAUAUCACGCUCAAGACGAGUCAGAUUCAGGGCGUAGGCGAUGGCGUCAAAGGAGGAAAUCUGGCUGCGGAUUUCAAACCGAGUAUCCUGUUGGAUCUGGAGAAUGGACGGCCGAUGGAGUUGGAGCCGAUUGUGGGGAACGUGGUGAGGAUGGCUAGGAGGACAGGGGUCGAUACGCCAAGACUGGAUUUGAUUCUGGCGAGUUUGAAGCCGAGUCAGGUGCAGGCGAUCGAGAGGGCUGGUGGUGGGGGUGAGGGGAAGGGGGUGGGCGUGACCAAGUACGAGCAGUUGAGCGCCACCAGUCGGGGGAACUGGCCAGCGGGUGCGCCGGUGUCCAAGGAUUCCAGGACGUACUUGUGA